CUCGAUCCUGAUGGGAGUUGGUAAGGGGAAUUAAUACACUCCGGCACAGCGACGUCAGAUUUUCUCACUCAAGGACGGAGCUGCAGUUUCAGGGACAUUACCUAGUCCCCUUAGACACCGUUUUCUCGCAGAACCAAAUUUAGAACUGCAUUCUCAAAAAUGAACAAUUGUCGUGACAUUGAGUGAUUCAAAUCGUUUCCUUGCUUUCCGAUUUCGCAGCGCUGUACUUGCAGUAUACCUAAAACUUUCAAUUUUUCUCUGGCUGUCAAUCAGCUAGGCACAUGCGCAAAGAUGGCCUUGUUUUCCGAGAAAAGUCUAUGAAAUCUCAAUGAAGCGUGGAAAAUUUGAAGACAGUGCUUUGCGCCGGACUGCGGAGGCCGGCUAUCAAAACAAAAGCAUGAGUUUGGGACUAAGAGUUUCCUCGUAAAACACACUUAACCGAUGGACCAACGGAGGAAAACAUGUGCGCGUCGCACUUUUACCAACUUUGCGAUUCUAACGGCUGCAUUGUACAUCAUAAUCGUGACGGUUUUAGUAGUAAAUCUGCAUCGUCUCGUGGUGUCGCAGUUUGCAAGAAUUCAAACACUAGAAACUGUCGCAGACAAGCUGGCCGCGCGCGUUGACAAGUUGGAAAACAGCUUCACAGCUCAGAAGACGGAUGAGGAAUCUGUGGGUGAAACUGAUGGCGUUUUGGAGGAAAAAUCUGCCCGUCUGAAAAACAAGCUCGCUUUAUCCGAUCUUCCUCAAGGGAGGAACAAAAGACAGUUUGAAGGCUACUGCCCCUGUUUACAAGGCCCUAAAGGAGAACCGGGCCCUCCAGGGCCGAAAGGAAAUUCAGGUCGGCGAGGUAAAAAAGGUAAACGAGGGCACAAUGGAGAUCCAGGCCCUCCCGGCGAAAAAGGCGAAAAAGGCGAAAAAGGCGAAAUAGGCUCUGUGGGCCCUCCAGGAAUACAGGGACCCAAAGGAACAAAAGGAGACACUGGGCCCUCAGGUCCCGAAGGAGUAGGCGGUAAAAAUGGCUCUCAGGGCCCCCCUGGCGUCAAGGGAGACAUGGGAACCAAAGGCGACAUAGGACCUCCUGGGCCGCCCGGAGCGUCGAUGAGUGAGAGCAUCCACCUUGUUGGCGAUGGACAAAAAAUUCAAAACCCAACAGGCUUCCACCGCAUUACAAACUGGGCAUUGAAGCACAGGGAGGGCAGCAUCUUGUACCACUCACCAACCGGGCACAUUGAGGUGAAGAGAAAGGGCUAUUACUACAUUUACAGCCAAAUGUAUUACUAUGAUGGCACCACCAUACAGAUGGGUCACAACACCUACAUCAAUCAUGAAAAGGUCAUGGAAAGUUCAGGGAGCGUUAUUAGUGCCGAAAGGAAGUACAACACCAAGUAUCAUGGCGGGGUAUUCUUACUUCAGGAAAAUGACACCAUCUCCGUUCAUAUUCCAUACACUGUGCACUAUUUCAUGGAUAGUGAGGGCAGCUUUUUCGGAGCCUUUUUGUUACACCAUAUCGAUUAGAUUAGAUGAUGGUCACACGCGGGAAUUUAACCUCCUGAAAAGUUAAGGGGCUCCCUCCCUUGGUAUAUCCUUAUGGGAGUACUGUAAAUGACUUGUUACUCUUUUCGAUCGUUCAUUUAGACCAGACUUAAGGCUUCCACGGAUGUUUUGCGAUAAAGGUCGAUGUCUCGUUUUAGGGAAAGGCUAUCAUAGAACAUAGUCUUUUGCUUUAGGUUAGAAUUAUGUUGUUUAGGGUACUCAACUCCAACAACCGAACGCAUUCUGUUUAGCGCCCUAACUCAAAAAUAAUAUCUUAGAGCGAUAUUAUCCUUGUAAGUAUAUUUGAAGGUUGUAACAUUUCAAGGGUGACAUGGUCGUACAGCACUAUGAUAUCGGGUUGUCUGUAGUGGCAAGAGGACUUUUCUAGCUUUCUAAACGGUAUAAUACGUAGAUAAACUGUUGAUGUUUUAGGUGUCAAGUCAGUUGACGAUGUUAUGUCCAGUUGGCCUGUGGUCUCGAUGCUGCCUGAUCUGUGCUCCACGCCGUUUCCACGACACUUUACUGGCUCAUUUCAUUAAUUUCAUUCAUUUAUCUAUCAAAAGCUUAUGUCAAACACAUCAUGACCUAUGAUAUUUUGUAUCGUUGCUCAUGAAAUACCUGCUUUUCAAAUUGUAUUCAAAGCGUAGGGAAAAUUUCCCCUGAUGUUCUUGGUAUUGUUGUUGUUGUUGUUGAUCAUGAUAAUGACGACGAUGCAAAUAUCGAAAAUAGCAGCGUACCGACCAAUAGGAUGCGAGCAUUAACUGAUAACAGAAUGAUAAGAGAUGUGAUUUAUUUCUUGAAAAACAAAUAGUUUUAGGAUGAAUUGUUUAUGAAUAGGCGAUGGACUGUAGGCACAUGACUGACUGUAAAACCUACAAUGGGAUUAAAUGAUUGGUUAAUUAACUAAUUCAAUAGUCGUAUGCACUGUAUUUGACUAAAUGAUUGAUUAACAGAGUGCAGACGGAAAACACUAGAUUAACUUUCAAUCAAUUGCUAGGGUGAAAUAUUAAGCACACAAUGUACUGUUUUCUGAUUUUAUUGGGGAUAACCAAUGCUGAGCGUGUUUUAGUGCCAACUUCACUCAGUGACUUUCCAAUCCUGUCAUGCCGUUGCUUUCAAUCUGUGAUCAUAACUAUUCGCAGCGAAUUCCUCUCACCCAGAAUGGGUUUGUUUCUUCACAGUAGCAAGACGUACAGUUAGGAACUGGCUUGUAAAGUACAGAUCAGGCAGAAUUCAACACCAUAAUGGCAUUGUGCAAGUACAAAUAUCUGG